AUGGAAGCAUACACCGACCGGCCGUAUGACCGUGCAAUCUCAAUCCCAGUCCUCCCAACGCCCGCGUAUAAGAAGGCUCUUCUCUGCAGAACGACACGCGCGCCACGCCCUCGCACCAUGCUCCGUACCGCCCUUCGAUCCAGCAUCCCGCACCACCGCCUCUCCUCGCCCCCGAUCCAGACGCCCCUCCGCGCGCUAUCCACCCACGUCACCGCCGCCACCACCACCAUGCAGCCGCUCAAGUACUACGGCGCCGGCACGCCCAACGGCCACAAGGUCUCGAUCAUGCUCGAGGAGCUCAAGGUGCUCAACCCAGACUUCAAGUACGAGACGAUCCCCAUCGACAUUAUGAAAAACACCCAGAAGGAGGACUGGUUCCUCCGCAUCAACCCCAACGGCCGCAUCCCCGCACUCGUCGACCCCAACAACGACGACUUUGCCGUCUUCGAGAGCAUGGCCAUUCUCCUCUACCUCGAGAAGAAGUACGACGACAACCACGCCUUCUCCUGGCCCUCGAGCGACCCCAAGGGCGAAAACUACCGCAGCGAGGUACUGCAAUGGAUGAGCUGGCAGAUGGCUGGGUUGGGUCCGCUCCAAGGACAAGCUAACCAUUUCAGGAUGCAGGCCGUCGGAGAGAGCAAGAAUCUCGUUCCGUAUGCGUACAAGAGGUACCACGACGAGACGGUGCGACUUUACAGCGUCCUUGAAUCGCGCCUCGAAGGCAGGGACUGGCUGGUCGGCGAUGGAAAGGGCAAGUACACGCUGGCCGACAUGCUCACCUUCCCCUGGGCAUUCUGGUACCGCUUCGCCGGUCUGCGCAACGACGAGGUCGGACCCAACGUCAAGCGCUGGAUCCAGAACAACCUUGACCGCCCUGCCGUCCAGAAGGGCCUCCGCGUCCCCACCGAGUCGGAGCUCGUCAAGAACAUGCUCAGCGACCCCGAGUGGAUGCCCGAGCUUCCCAGCCUGUAG